AUUCAUAACCGAACUCACCGAUUACCGUGUCAAAUUUAACGCUGAACUUACCUCACGCGACGAAAAAUUUACAGCAGAGGUCCAAAGAAUCUUUACAAUGUUUAAUACUUCUACUGCAAGACUUGAUGAGAUCGAACGAGUCCUUCAAAACCACCAUAACAAUUUUGGCAGAGUUGCAACAGAAUUCGAAUCAAUCAAUGGAUCUAUCUCGAUGCUCCAAAACGAAAUCAAUCGAUAUUAUGCUGUUGUCCAAGCACGAAGUGACAUUUCUCCCGAAAUAAUUGAGCCUAUCGAGGAUGCAGAACUUCAAGACAAUGACUCAUCCGACCAACAAAGUGAUGCAAAUCAAUCUGAAGCUUCUUCUGGUUCGAGCCAACGAUCAUUUUCCGAUAUGACUUCAGAAAUCUGGAACCAAUUUAAAAUUAUUUUUGAUAUGAUUAUGGCAGAAAAAGAAUGUUCUUUUGAUGAUAUGUGUAAUAUUGUAAUGGUUGAUCUUCUUAAUCUUGGGGUGGGAAAACUUAGUAAAGAUAUAAUCAAAAAUUAUUAUCGUAGAAUUAACGAUUUAAGAGGUAGCAACUUAGAUAAAAUCGGUUCCUGGAUCGAUAGUAAAACAGUUACACAUAAUAGUGAGUAG